AUGGCAAAAGUCAAUAGAGCUCGGUCUACCUCCCCUCCUGAUGGAGGCUGGGGCUGGAUGAUCGUGGCUGGCUGUUUCCUCGUUACCAUCUGCACCCGAGCAGUGACCAGAUGUAUUUCAAUUUUUUUUGUGGAGUUCCAGACAUACUUCUCUCAGGAUUAUGCACAGACAGCCUGGAUCCAUUCCAUUGUAGACUGUGUGACCAUGCUCUGUGCUCCACUUGGGAGUGUUGUCAGUAACCAUUUUUCCUGUCAAGUGGGAAUCAUGCUGGGUGGCUUGCUUGCAUCUACUGGUCUCAUCCUGGGCUCAUUUGCCACCAGUCUGAAGCAUCUCUACCUCACUCUGGGAGUUCUUACAGGUCUUGGAUUUGCACUUUGUUACUCUCCAGCUAUUGCCAUGGUUGGCAAGUAUUUCAGCAGACGGAAAGCCCUUGCUUAUGGGAUCUCCAUGUCAGGAAGUGGCAUUGGCAUCUUCAUCCUAGCUCCUGUGGUCCAGCUCCUUAUUGAACAGUUUUCCUGGAGGGGAGCGUUACUCAUCCUGGGGGGCUUCGUUUUGAACCUCUGUGUCUGCGGUGCCUUGAUGCGGCCAAUCACUCUUAAAGAGGACCAAACCACUCCAGAGCAGAACCCUGUCUGCAGAACUCAGACACAAGACUUGAAGCAGGCGUCUCCCUGUUCGGCUUGGACUAAAGAAUGGGUGCAGACCUGCCUCUGUGGCUCUUUGCAGCAAGAAUACAGUUUUUUACUGACAUCAGACUUCGCUGUGCUGGCCACCUCUGUUCUGUUCAUGGCUUAUGGCUGCAGUCCCCUGUUUGUAUACUUCGUGCCUUAUGCAUUGAGUGUUGGAGUGACUCACCAGCAAGCUGCUUUUCUUAUGUCCAUCCUUGGGGUGAUUGACAUUAUUGGCAAUAUCACGUUUGGAUGGCUAACUGACAGAAGGUGCCUGAAGAACUACCAGUACGUUUGCUACCUUUUUGCCAUUGGACUGGAUGGGCUCUGCUAUCUCUGCCUCCCAAUGCUUCAAAGCCUUCCCCUGCUCGUGCCUUUCGCCUGUACCUUUGGCUACUUCGAUGGUGCCUACGUGACUUUGAUCCCAGUGGUGACUGCAGAGAUUGUGGGGACCACCUUUCUGUCAUCAGCUCUCGGCGUGGUGUACUUCUUGCAUGCAGUGCCGUACUUGGUGAGCCCACCCAUCGCAGGAUGGCUUGUAGAUACGACUGGCAGCUACACUACGGCAUUCCUUCUCUGUGGAUUCUCAAUGAUAUUUAGUUCUUUGUUGCUUGGCUUUGCUAGAGUUGUAAAGAAGAUGAAAAAAACCCAGCUGCGGUUCCUUGCCAAAGAAUCAGAUCCCAAGCUACAGCUAUGGACCAAUGGCUCGGUGGCUUAUUCUGUAGCAAGAGAAUUAGAUCAGAAAGAUGGGGAAUCUGUGACUCUAGCAAUGCUUGGUUCCAGCCCCUCAUGA